CGCAGCCUCGAGCCCAGAUGCGACUCUGUCUCCUCUGGGGCGCGUUGGGCGGGAGGCUAUGAUAAAGACUGAACUUGGUAACUUGCACACAGUAUAACAUAAACGCAAUGGAAUGCAAGUUAUAGCAGGGUUGGAUCGUUGUAAUUGUCGACAUUGAACCCUGAUAUUAACCUCACCAGCAGCCGAAACAGACAGACAAAAAGGACCGCUUCUUGUUCCUCCCGAAUCGCCUUUGAAUGUGAGCUGUCCGCGGUACCUGGACGGGAAAGAUGCAGCAAAGAAGAUGCGGCUUUUUAAUGGUUUUAUCCUUUUUACUACAGAUGGGGACCGCAGAUGUUUUUUCUGGUGACCAUGACCGCUACACGACCAGGACCGGUGAGGGGAGGAGGUGGUCGGAUAGCCCGGUCCCGGUGUACCGUCACGUGGACCAAGAUGGCCAGGAGAGGACCCUGGGUCUGGAGACACCCGGGUGGCAGCGUGGUGGGGACAGAGACAGUCUCCAUGCCUUGGUUAACACCCUCAGGGGCCAGCAUCAGGCCAGACUGGACAGCUUCAGGGACAUGGCCAGGGUGGACAGCCUCCUCACCCAGUCCUCCCAGACCCAUGCCAGGCUGGCUAAGCUGAUGCCCGCUGCCCUGCUGGAGUCCCAGUCCCGCCAGGCGCCCCGUGGGCAUGGAGCCGUCAGCCUGUUGGCACAGCCGGAGCAGGAGGUACGGGUGGAGAACGCUCCGGUCUCAGCACGCUGUAUGGUCACCGUGAAGCUGCAGGUUGAUGUGAGGAGGUUAACCAUGUCUCUUCUAAAGCGGUUCAGAGAGGGAGCUGCUGCUCUGAACAUCUCUCCCAGACACGUACACAUCAACAGACUCAAUGAGAGGAAGAAUGGCAUUGAGCUGUAUGUGUCAUCUGAUAGGCCAGGGGCCACGGAGCCCCUCCCAGCAGAGGAAGUUAUCCAAUCACUGAACAUCAACACCCUGCACCGUAGCCUGGGUCACUUCGGCAUCACAGAGGUCUCCUCGGAGAAGAAUGUGCUACAGGAUCAACAUGAGAGGGACAAUAUUUGGACUAAAGAGGGAUUCUUUGCUGCGGUCAUCUUCCUCACCAUCUUCAUCAUCAUCACCUGUUUGAUGGUCCUCUACCGUCGAAAGGAGAAGGUUGAAUAUUCUGACAGGCAGACCAAAGAGCAGUCCGUGUUCCCCAGCCGCGACCUUCACCUGACCCCUGUCACUGUCCCACCCCCGGUCCCGCUGCACCCAGUCGGAGCCCAGACCCAGCCCCAGGUCCCCUUCUCUAGCAGCAUGGUCCAAGCAGAGCCAGCACCGCCUUCUACACCCACUUCCAUACCUCCACCCAGAGCCUGCCGUCCUCCACCCACCACCCCUGUCCCCAUCCCUGUCUCCAGCUCCAGCUGUGGUCCUCCGCAGCUCCCCCCUACCCACCAAAAGCCUUGCCUGUCAGCCAGCCCCUCUCCCUUCAGGAUGAAGCCUGCCGCGUGUCUCCAGGAGAGGAGAGGCUCCAACGUCUCCCUGGUGCUGGACAUGUCCUCCCUGGCCUCGGUGGAGCCCCUGAACUGUGGGGUGGUGACCCCCAGAGAGAGGGCCACUCAGGACUACCUGCAGUCAGCCGGCCGGACCCUGUCCAGACAGCAGCUACGAGACGUGGUGCUCAACACACAGUUGCUGCACACAGAGUUCGCUGAAAUCCCAAUGAACUUUGUGGAUCCAAAGGUAAUGGACAUUUCCAGUCAUGGAACCAAAAACAGAUACAAGACAAUACUGCCAAAUCCACAUUCCAGAGUGAUCCUGAGGACCAAGAGCUCCUUCGACCCUCUCAGCAGCUACAUCAACGCAAACUACAUUAGGGGUUACCUAGGCGAUGAGAAGGCCUACAUCGCCACCCAGGGUCCCAUGAUCAACACAGUGAAUGAUUUCUGGCAGAUGGCCUGGCAGGAAGACUGUCCUGUCAUCAUCAUGAUCACCAAGCUCAGGGAAAAGAAUGAGAAAUGUGUUCUGUACUGGCCAGAGAGGCGUGGUAUCUAUGGCAAGGUGGAGGUGCUCAUUAACAACGUGACAGAGUGUGACAACUACACCUGUCGGACCCUCAACCUGAAGCAAGGGGCCCAGAGUCGUGUGGUGAAGCACUACUGGUACACAUCGUGGCCGGACCAUAAGACCCCAGACAGCGCCCAGCCCCUGCUCCAGCUGAUGAGAGACGUGGAGGAGGACAGGGCGGGCUCCCCAUCGCAGGGACCCGUCAUCGUACACUGCAGCGCAGGGAUUGGCCGAACGGGCUGCUUCAUCGCCACGACGAUAGGCUGUCGUCAGUUGGAGCUGGAGGGAGUGGUAGAUGUGCUGGGGAUUGUGUGUCAGCUCAGAGCGGACAGAGGAGGUCUGAUCCAGACAGCGGAGCAGUACGAGUUUGUCCACCACGCCUUGAGCCUCUUCGAGACCCGCCUCUCCGCCGACACCGGCCAAUGAACAGAGGCCAGGAAGUGGAAUUUAAUUCCCCCUAGCGGGAAGGACCUAUCUUACCUGGUGACUGUGAGGUCAUGUGACUAAUGAGGAAGUGGAUGUUCGGGUGACGAUUGGAUGGUAGAUGUCCUUGUGGGCUUUGUCUUUGUGGACAUGUAUGGACAGCCUGGACUGCUAUUGGCUGAUUGAUUGAGUCUCCUUACAGAGAGAGAGAUGGAGGUAUGGACAGCCUGGACUGCUAUUGGCUGAUUGAUUGAGUCUCCUUACAGAGAGAGAGAUGGAGGUAUGGACAGCCUGGACUGCUAUUGGCUGAUUGAUUGAGUCUCCUUACAGAGAGAGAGAUGGAGGUAUGGACAGCCUGGACUGCUAUUGGCUGAUUGAUUGAGUCUCCUUACAGAGAGAGAGAUGGAGGUAUGGACAGGUGAUUAUGUCUCUGAAUGUAAUGUAUCCGUUCUUCUCUUCCUCUCUUUCCUCCUCCUCUUCUUCUACUACUUCCUGUCAUUCGUGAGCAGCUCUGCUUCUGAAAACGUUGUUGUGAGCAACCUGCCUCUGUCCAAUCAAACUCUCUGAUACUGCAGCUCUGUCCAAUCAGAUUGCCUGAUAUUGAUUUUGUAGUAUAGCUACACUCUGACCUCUUACUACUAUGUGCUACAGUAGAUGGGUAGGUAGUCUGUGGUCCUUAAAUCGUCCAUGGUGUUUCUAUUGAAAAGCUAAAGGUAUGCUGUCUAAAUGAAUAGCACUUGUCUAAGUGACUUUACUAGGAUAUUUUUUUAAAUUCUGAUUAUUUAUUUAUUUUUUAAACUAUGUGCUGUUACACAAAGGGUAUUAUUCUGAAGACUGUUAUAUUCCACUGGAGGUUGGCUUUUCUCUCAGUAACACACUAGAAGCUGCCCCUCUGCCAUAUACUAUACCUCUAAUAGCAUGUUGAUCAUCCAUUGAAAGAUCUGUGUAUGAAAGGUGAGGGAACGAUUGGGCCUGUCUGCACGGUACUACACAUCACAAGGUCUUUACACUAUGGGGAUGUGGCCAAUAUACACACUGACUCGGAAGCAGAUAACCAACAUAAAAAGCCAGCCGACACACGGCCCUUCAGGAAUUGAGUUUGGC